AUGUCUUCAAGACACUCAGCAGCGCGCCCCAAAAGGGCCGGCGAGACAUUCGCGCGAACACAUCACCACGACGCCGAGGACGAUGGCCACGACUCCAAGAAGCUCAAGUUCGACGUCCGCAACCCCUCAGCUCUCGCCCCCGACGCCCCUGAAGAAGAUGCGAUCCUCGAUGCCGACGUCAUUGGCGUCGGCGCGGGCGCGACGAAGCGCGGCGCCGUGAACCUCGACGGCUACGACAGCGACUCGGACAACGAGCGAAACUUCAAAUCGCGAGCCGACGAGCGGCAUAGGGGCAAGAAGGGUGGCGACGCGGACUUUUUCGAUCAACUGGACAACUACGAUGCCAAGAAUAGCAGCGGCACAGGAAAGAAGGGGGGCAAGGUCAACGAGGAUGACGAGGAUGACGACAUGUUUGCUGCGGACGACGAUGAAGAACAAGAAGGGAAGGCGGCGCAGGAGGGUAUCAAGCCCGCAGGGAAGGAUAAGGCUGUGCGCUUCCUGGAUGAAAAACAAAUCGAGGGCCAAGACUUGAAGAGUAAAAGUGGAGGGCAGAUUCGUCUAGAUGAAGAGGAGAGCAGCGACGAUGAGGUGGAUCGGGAGCUGGCGAUUCAAGAAGAGGGCAUCGACGAGGAAGUCGGUCUCGGCGGUCUUAAGCGCAAUGCUCCCAAGGUUGAGGCCUUCAAUAUGAAGGAAGAACAGGAAGAGGGCGCCUUCGAUCAGGACGGAAACUACAUCAGAAAAGCGGCAGAUCCGAAUGCGGUGCAUGACAAGUGGCUCGAUGGGCUGAGCAAAAAGGACCUGAAGAAGGCGGCCGAAGCGCACGAGAGGCGCGAGGCUGAGGCGCGGAGGCUACGGAUGGAAAACGACGACAUCCUGACGACGGACCUGCUCAAGGCGCUCAUUGUCAGGUUAGACAGGGGUGAGACGUCGCUCGAGGCCUUGGCGAGGUUGGGCAAGGGGCAGCCGAAGCCGAAGAAGAUACCCAAGUGGAAGCUCAAGAAGCUAAACAAGGGUGCCGAGGAGGCCAUGGACGUCGACAAGGAAAAGGAGCUCACCCCCGACCAGCAAAAGAGGAAAGAGGCCAUCGAGGCCAUUACCGACGCGGCGGACAAGCUGCUGAGCCGAGACCACGCCGAGAUUUAUGAUCAGGAAAGGGAGGUGCUCGUCCGUGAAUGGCAGCGGGAAACGGGCGAGCAGUGGGUCGAGCCGGCGAAGGAGGAUGCCAGUGAAGAUCUGUCGACCAAAAUGUGGGAGUUCCGGUGGACGGACGGGCGCGACAAUGCUGAUAAGCAAGGGCCGUAUGACGGGCCGACGAUGAAGGCGUGGCAAGACGCCGGAUACUUUGGAGAAGGGGUCGAGUUCCGGCCAGUAGGCGAUGAAGGCUGGACUAGGGUUGCCACGUUCGUAUGA